CUCAUCACUCAUCAAUUUUUCAGCAACAUCUUCGACAUGACCCAUCCACUCGACCUGCAUGAAAUCAGAAGCAACAUCGGCCGCUUCCUUCACAGAGGGGAUCUUGUUCGUUGCAGUCUGGUCUCGCAAGACUGGUACGAUUCUUUCAGUCCACUCCUCUGGCACCAUAUUUCUAUUAACGACACCGACCAACGUCCACCUAUCGACCAGCUUCAGGCACGUUCCCGACUUAUCCGAUCCAUCGUUUACAGGGGUCGCAGGGUACCCAGUACAUACUAUCGCCUCAAGGAUUGUACGCACUUGGAGUCUCUCAAAGUUACCCUCAGUUCAGCACCACAUCACAAUUGGCAGACCGCGCAACUCGAGUCCUUGAUCGGGAAUAAUGCAAAUUCACUGCAACAUAUUGAGCUCUUGAUACGGGGUUGGAUGCCACUUCGUCCACCGGUAUUUCGUGCGAUUGGGACCUGUCAGCGACUAAGGACGCUCAUGCUGAAAGAGGUCGCACUCACCAAGGAGGGCUUCUUGGCGGUGUUGGAGGCUGCUGCAGCAGCGACGGGGCUGGUGGAGCUACAGCUCGAGGAGGUGGAUUUGCCUGUAAACUGGGCGUGCGCUGACCUUGGAGGCAAUGACCCGAUGGAGAAUGCAAGGUUGACCCGGAUACAGAACCUUCGGUUGAAUGGCGUGCGUGGGAUGGAACCGUCGGGCCAGAUUGCGUUGAUGAAACUGUGUCCAGACCUGAGAUCGAUCUUUUGGAGGAGAUACCGAAAUACGGGACGGCCGGUCAAGUUCGCGGUCGAGAUGUUUAAUGCGCAGGUACACCAGGGAACCUGGCCACAGCUGCGGAGAAUGGAUUUUUUAGGCGAGGAGUUUCUUGAUGUGCGGCUGGUGGAGCUAUUCCAGGCGCUGCCGAGGGCGAUGGAGGAGUUAAUGUUGAAGAAGACGGGUUUUGGACCGUUGUCGUUUGACGCGUUGGUGAUGUCGUCUUUUUACCGGACAGUCAGGAAGGUGGAUCUAUAUGCAUGCUCGGAUGUGUCGAGCCCGAUGAUCCGACAAAUGUUGGUGGAUAUGGAAGGACUCGAGGACUUUUCUACGGGGAAGGUGUUUGUGGGCGACCUGUUCGAGGGUUACAGCACUGGCAGUGAUGGCGGUGGUGGUGACAAUCCCCUGAAGGAUGGUUCCACGCACAAAGUUGCUAAAGAUAUUGCGGUGACCCCGGCCUGGGGAUGCCAUCGGAUCAGGUCGCUGCGGCUGUUCAUCGACAUGGACGGAGCUGCAGAUCCCGAAACCCCAGAGUUCUACGCACGGCAACGUGCUGUGUAUCGUCAACUGGCGGCGCUUAAGCUUUUGGAGACACUGGACGUGACCCGGUAUGUGGCCCAGCCGCUGCCUCGGUAUGCACUGCGCAAGAUGGAUCAUCGUCUGAGUGCCGGACUGGAUAUCCUGGGGUCAUUGAAACGAAUGAAGUGUUUUCUGUUCACACCUGGACAGAAGAUGGGGAUGGAAGAGGUGGACUGGAUGCUGGAGACAUGGAAAUGUUUGCGCAACACGUCGCGGACAUUCACUUUGGAUACGGAGUUGAACGAACAGUUGACAGAGCGGCUGGUGCAGAAUCGUGUGAUAACCAUGUCGUUUUUAUAGAUAAAUGAGAGAAGAAAAAAAAGUUGCAUGCUUUUUAUUUUGGGGGGGGUUAUAGUGUACUACAAGCACCAUCGACACUCCUGUUCCUCAUCGCGCCCUGUCUAAAUUCUUUUACCGACGAGGCAUAGACGGCAGGCAGCGGCUGUGCCGACAUUACGCGAGGGACCUCUACACGAUCUCGUCCAGCGUGCGGCUCAUUUUUAAAUUGUAAAGAGACCCCUUAUAUAUGCAGGAACUUGCGUUAUAUACGCAAGCAGCUUCAGGAUCGGAUCUGACAAGACCAUGGCGGGGAUCCACUGUAUCGCUGCCCAGGCAUGGCUUUAAUAGGUGGUGCCUCCUUGAGCGCGUUCUUUGCUCCAUUGACCGCGA